CCCCUUCCACGCCGAUCACGUGAGCGGUUACCUGCACUUCCGCCAUACAAAAAGUUUUGCGCAGCGUAUCCGCGCUCCCUUUUUGUUUUUGGCGUCUGCAGGUCAUCAAGGAUAAGCAUGGCAGAUGAAAAUUUUCAUUCUGGGGAAUCUGGGGCGUCCGCCACAUACCCCAUGCAGGCCUCAGCCCUGAGGAAGAACGGCCAUGUCAUGCUUAAAGGGCGCCCAUGUAAGAUUGUUGACAUGUCUACCUCCAAGACUGGCAAGCACGGGCAUGCCAAGGUCCACCUCGUUGGACUUGACAUUUUCACUGGCAAGAAGUAUGAAGAUAUUUGUCCAUCAACUCAUAACAUGAACGUCCCACAUGUGAAGAGGAAAGACUACCAGGUCAUAGGUAACAAUGAUGGUUUUUUGAGCCUGAUGGACGACAGUGCAGAUACCAGAGAUGACCUGAAAUUGCCGGAAGGCGAUUUGGGCAAAGAAAUUGAGAAGAGAAUAGCCGCCGACGAGAGUUUUUAUGUAAGUUUUGUCACCGUGUUGAAGGCUAUGGGUGAGGAGACCGUAGUCGGCGUGAAGGCGCAGGUCAAUUAAGCUGAGCUCCCCUUUUUGCUGCUACGCUGCCUGCCUCCAUUGCACAUUUUGGCGACGAGCGUCACUGCUGCGUCGCCUCUCAAGUGGAGCCCAAUUGGGGCAGGUUCCGUUUUUUUUAAAACCCCGCUACUUGCGCUCCAGUGACUGGCAGUCAAUGAAGUUUGCAUAAGAUUUCGCCCAAAGCAUGGGGUUUUAUUAUUACGUAUCUGGAUGAUUCCUAGACCAAAAAAAAAAAAAAAAAGUCAUGGAUAUUUAUGGACUGUUCAUACACAAGUAAGUGAACAAAUCAAAAUUUUCUUUUUUUUUUUCACAAAUUAGUCGACUAAUGUCAGGCUAGCCUGGCAGUUAAAAAACAUUGACAGGUUUUUCCCCGCCUCCUUUAAAAGUAGUUUAGAAGUUUGACACUGUUACAAACGUUGUCAUUAACAUGCAUUCAUUUGUUAAAGCUGCAGAGUUAUGAAACGUUAGCUGCUCUCUUACUGGCAGAAUUUUUCAUGUACAUUUGGCUGCUUUUAACUAAGACACCCCCCCUUUUUUUUUUUUUUUUUUAAAUGGGACCAGUCAUUGUUGUCUUAGUUUCUCAUUUUGAAAGGUUUUGGGAGCACAGUCAACGAAGUGUGCGGGUAUUUUGUAGUCGUCGUUUUAAGUAGUGGGUGGAGGGAGAGUGCUACGUCUUGUACGUAGAAAACCUUUGGGGGUGGGUGGUCCUUUUUGGCUGUCCUUUUAAUAUUCAUGCGUUUUUAACCAUUGUGGUGGUGUGUUGCAUAGUUACUGGACCUUGGCUGAAUGUUUACGUUUCCGUGCCGAAACCAACUGGGAGAACGUGUUCAAUCUUUUCUUGACCAGCUGCGAAUCUUCUUAACCCCUCCUCUUAAUGUUGUGUGUAAAAUAGACUGUAUUUAAAGUAAAAAUUUAAAAAAAAAUUCACUAUGAAACUUCUGUUCACUUCAAUAAGUGUAAUCAACAAUGUAUUGGUUCAUUUCACACAUUAGCAAAAUGAUUUAAGAUGUUUAGAUAGGAUUUUUUCAUUUUUAAUUUCUCCACUUGUUUGGGAGUGCGAGUUGAUCCGGGAACAUUAGCGCUGUUCCAGAGAAGCAACUGAACAGAACACGAGGGUGACCUUUUUUUUUUUUUUUGCAACAAGGACAAGGCAUUUCAGAUUGCAUCCAUAGUACAGCAACAUCUUUGAAGCACCGUCAUCACAUGCUCGAAACAAAAUAGGCAAUAAUGUCGAUAAAGCAUCAGGUAGCAAAAGCAUACCGUCGCACACAACUGACCAACAAUGUGGUUCAGGUCGCAUCCCCCACGUACUCAUUACAUUGUAAUGAUUACAAAGGAAAUUGAACAAACUACGCUUUUAAGACAAAGUCCCUGUGAAGUAAAAAUGAAUCUUCUAAAUUGGAUACAUUACAGGCGAGGCAUUGCUAACAAUCCUGCCAAAUUUUAAUUAAUAAAAAAAAAAAAUUGGGCCAGUAGUGUUUUUUUUUUCAUUUAAAAAAAAAAUCCAAUAACCUGAUUUGCUAUUUAGAAAAAUAAAAAAUACAUUUUUAAAAUGAGCAUAAAAAAAUUUGAGACACAUGCUAUCGCUGAAUCAAAUUUGCUAUUGACCAGAUAUAACCAAAAAUAUUUUAAAUGCCCAUUUUUCUUAUCUUAAUGUUUGGGGUCUGUCACAAAUAAAAUAAAAAUCUUUAAAAAAUAGAAAAAAAAAUCCUUGUACAUAGCAGUCCUUAUACACCCCCACCCCCCCAAAAAAAAAUCAAAAACAAGGCCAACUGAAAUCUCGACAAUGGAGUACUUAGUUCCAUGCACAUUUUGAGUACCUCAAACGUGUCCGUCAAUUUAGAAUGACAUUUCAGAAUUGACUUGAUCAGGACUUUCAUCGAGUCAGAAAAGGUCCAAAAUAAAUCCUUGUUCAUUCAGCGAGCUCUAGCACCAGCCAGAACAAGAUAACGAUGCGCUUCCGCUGGAUGAUGUCUCAGGGUACAUUAAAAUGACACCUUUGUUUGGAUGUGCCGCGAUAGUUUUCCCAGUAUCACCUGACGGGCCUUGAAGGCUCAAGGGUUAGGGGGGGAGGGGGGGGACGCUGGUGGAAUGCGCUUCUUCAGGUCCUGUUGCUCCAGUUACGGCAACCUGAUCUCUGCUAGCCUCUGGGCCUCAACCGUGGCCGAUUCAAAGCGAGAACUGUUUUUAUGCAAAUUAGGCAGCGAGUUCUACCAGCGAUUCCUCAAAACAUUUCGUCCAUUGAAUCCUGCUUGAAAACACCCUUUAGGUCUUCGCGCCCUCGAGUUUAUUUCAACUGUUACUGCGCACGGGGUUGGGGGAGAGUUUACAUUCAGUCAUGAGCAUUCAUUUUAGAGGAGACCAUUUUCUCAGGGCUUUGUGCUAAUUUGUCAGGCUGCAGUCAUAGAUUAUUUGUUUUCAAAGGCAAUCCUUCGAUUGGUAGAUAUUGUACUUUUAUCAAUCAUAGGAUUCCAUAGCAUUGAUUUUUUUCAGUGCUUGUGCUUGUUUUUUUUUUGUUUGUUUUUUUUACUCUGACUGUACUUUUACUGAGAUUUACCAAAUACUCCCAACAUUGUUUGUUAUAUCCGCAUGCAGUGUACAUGUGUUGUUUUAUUCUCAACUGUGUAAUUGGUCAAAAUGGUUUUUCUCUGGAAAUGUGACUGAGUGUUUUAAAAAGAAAGUCUAAACUGUCAUUGAUAGUGGGAAAAAUAAAGCUUAAUAAUUA